CAUCAAUGGGUAGCAUAUAUGAGUGAUAUACAGUAUAAUGAUCAUUUAAUGUACAGUCACUUGAAAUCACACUAUCAGGAGAGGGCAGUAUAAUCCAGAUUAAUAUUCAUUAUUACAGCAGACAAGUAUACAAGAAAAAGAAAGGGAACGCAACUUGAUGACAGACAGACAGACAGACAGACAGACAGACAGACAGACAGACAGAUAGACAGAUAGACAGAUAGAUAGAUAGAUAGAUAGAUAGAUAGAUAGAUAGAUAGAUAGAUAGAUAGAUAGAUAGAUAGAUCCUUUAACUAGUGUCAGCGUGAUGCAAACUGGAUCCAUUGUAGUAUUAUGAAGAUCCAGAAACACUGUUUUCUAAUGUAAAAUAAGCCAUGACGAUUCUGUGCUCAUCCCGUUCUUCGUUGUAUUUCUUGCCUCUGGGCUCCUCAUCUUCAUUCUCAUUACAAAGAUUUUAUUCCAGCGCUCCACUGUCUGCCCACUGAGGCAGACGAGAGAUCUCCCCGUCCAAUUGACAGGACGCGGCUUCUGCAUCGACGGCUCUCAUUGGUCUACAGCGAUGUCAGUUACGGUGCUUGUCAUGAACAUGCCAAUCAGCAGCGCCGAUGCAGCCGUUCAACCCGCGCCGUGCGAUGACGUGCGCGUCAUGUGAUGUUUUCGCUGGGCUGUAGUGAUGUGUAGACACCAUGAGUGAAGCGGGGAAUUAAAGCUUUAUAAUGGCAGCGAGCGAUGAUGGAGGCUCUGCGAAGACUCACUGUUUCGUUGCGCUUGUCGUGCUGAAUAAUCCCCGGGACGAUACAUCGGAAGGCAGCGCGGAUUACUUGAAGCAGUGAUUCUAUCGGAGCUACAAACCUGCAGCCAACAAAAUGGGCCGUGCAUCGGCGUAAAGCGGAGGUGAAGUGACCUUUCAGCGCGUUGUCCCAUGGAAGAUCGGCCAGAAUUAUCGAAUCACGGCGUUAUGUUGACACUGGAGACGCAACCGCGUCGCGCUGUCACGAAAUCGGCCGCGACCGACGGCAACAUCUCUUGUGCUGCCGGGGAGCCUCCAUCCUCCUCCUCCUCCUCCUCAAUCAAUAACAGCGGCUCCUGUUUGACCAUGCACUUAACGACCUCCUCUCAUUCUCAGCCACAGAGGAGAUACAAUCCGCCUUACCACUUUAAAGUGCAUCAUCUUUUCCCAGAUGAGAGCCCUCAGGAUGCUGUUUUGAUGAAGAACCUGCCACCUCUCCAGUAUAAAGUGCACGACUCUGCCUUCUGUCGCGUCCUGAGCGCUGACACCACUGCUGCUGCCCUGGCUGCUGCCGCCGUUUGCUCUGGUGGCGUGGAAAGGGACAUCUGGAAGUGUGGCUAUCUGAGAAAACAGAAACAUGGCCACAAGAGGUUCUUCGUCCUGAGGGGCCCCAGUAACUUGGGGCCCAGUCGGUUGGAGUAUUACGACAGCGAAAAGAAAUUCAAAAAUGCCCUCAAAGCUGCUGCUGCCUCCGGUGUUGCAUGCCUUGCAAAGAGGGUGAUUUAUCUGUCCCAGUGUUUUACUGUAAACAAGAGGGCUGAUGCUAAGAACAAAUACCUCAUUGCCCUUUAUACUAAAGACGAGUAUUUCGCCGUGGUGGCGGAGAAUGAGCAGGAACAAGAGGAUUGGUAUUUGGCCCUCACCGAACUGAUGACGGAGGGCAAAAAGGGGCAGCUUGAGACAGAUGAACUUGAUGAUGGUUACGGGACGAUUUCGCCAGGUACUAUUUUCAAAGAGGUCUGGCAGGUGAACGUCAAACCAAAAGGGUUGGGUCAGACCAAGAAUUUAAUGGGGGUGUACCGUCUGUGCCUUUCCGCCAAGACUAUUCACCUGGUGAAGCUUAACUCUGAGACGCCCGCUGUAAACUUGCCGUUAAUGAACAUCCGCCGCUGUGGCCACUCUGAGAGCUUCUUCUUUAUUGAGGUGGGCCGCUCCUCUUCCAUUGGCCCUGGUGAAAUCUGGGUGCAAGUCGAGGACUCUGUGGUGGCGCAGAAUAUGCAUGAGACAAUUCUGGACACUAUGAAGGCCUUAAAGGCCUUUCCUGAUUUUAGACCGCAAUGCAAGAGCCAGUCCUCUGGGUCGAACCCCAUCCCAUUCAUCACCACUCGCCGGCAUCUCGGCAACCUUCCCCCCAGCCAGACCGGGCUGCAGCGCCCCUCCAGGACGGAUUCGGUGAUGGGCACAACACCAACAGGGAAGAGUAAAGGAGGAAGGGGCCAGCGCUAUCGGACAUCCAGUGAGGGUGAAGGCAACCAGGACCGGCCCCUCAGCUCUGGGACGGGCAGCCUGGUGCACCUGAACACGCCCGUUCUCAGUGUGGGCCGUGAAGAGACAGGCAGUUGUUGUGCCUGCAUUUCACCUGGUUCGACCCACCACACCCGUUCUGCUUCACUUCCCGUAUCUCACUUCCUGUCUGCCACCAGCCCUAUCAGUGUGUCCAGCAGCAGCGGGCAUGGCUCAGCCUCUGACAUGCACACUCGUCCCUCUAGCUCAUCCAUUUGUGGCUCUCCUAGCGAUGGUGGCUUCAACUCGUCCGAUGAGUUUUGUCCCAGCCCAUGUGACUUCAGGUACUUUCAUGCAAGCUGCACCACCCCCGAAUCCCAUGGCAACACCCCACCCAUUAGGGAGGAUUACCGGCUGACGGAGUACAUGGCCAUGGAUUGGCAUAAAGACCGUGCCAGGACCUUUGAGGAGGAGAGCAGUUACAUGGAAAGGACUUUCCUCAAGCUAGCACAUUCCUCCAAGCCAAAGCUGGGUGGCGGUUUGGGCGGUAUGCAGCAGAAAUCCACACAAACCUCUUUGUCUUUAGAUGAAUCGAGCCCAGUGGAGUCCAAACGGCACCAAGUUUGCUCGUGUCUGCUGAAGUCCGCUUAUAAAUCUUACUCAGAGUUACAUCACCCAAACAAACCAUCCUGUCAAAAGAAACUGCCAAAUGAUGAUGGUUAUAUUCCCAUGAUGUACAGCAAUUCAGAUUACAUCCCUAUGCAACCCAGGGCAAACCACCCUGCCACCCUGGACAUACAUCUGUGCUCCUCGCAGCAAGCAAACCGAUACGGCUACAUGAUGAUGCUCCCGGGUGACAGUCCAUCCUGCAGGGAGCAGGCCGAGUAUGAUGACUACAUGGACAUGUCUCAAAUCACUGAGGCUGAAGGCUUUUCCCAGGCCUCACCCAUAGGCUCGAAAUCCUAUGGCUCCUACUUCUCUCUUCCGCGGUCUUACAAAGCCCCGUCACGAGAGAAACACGACAAGACAGAAUACAUUCCCAUAUACCCCACUGAGCCCCCCAGUCCAGGUGCGUACAUCCACAUGGAUUUUGGGGACCGGCCCACUCACGCCGCUAUUUCGCCAUCCUCUGUAAACUCCCCCUCCACCCCACCCCCAUUGUUGGGCUGCUCCUCACCCGAUCACGACUACUUGGGCCUGAACAUGGACAGCUUUCUUAAAGACCGCCCUCCUCGACACUCGCUUGUUGCUCCGUGGAACCCCCCAAACUAUGCUCGGCCCUUAGGAUGCUCUUACGGCCAGGCUUUGACUAAUUUAAAUUCAGAGAAUAUGCAUGGUGGAUGUGGUGAUGCUAGCAGUCCUUUGCGAAUGAUGCAGCAUCUUUGUAUGUCCGAACGACUUCCGCUCAGCCAAACGGAGCCCAAGGUAAUCAGAGCAGACCAUCAGGGUAGGAGACGACACAGUUCAGAGACUUUCAUCCCCUCCCCUGUUUCCUCCGCAAGUGGUUGCAUCAUCAGGCCCUCGGCCUACCAGAAUCCCCCCGAAGCUAGCAAGUGGCAGAACUCUGCCUCCUUUGAUAGCGUGUGGUCGCGCUCAGAGGCCUCUGCUGAUGCGGAAAACUCAGCAAUAGGAGAAACGUGCCAGAACACCUCAUCCAGCUACCUCAACUAUAUCGCCCUGGACCUGAGAGAAGUGCCCAGGGUCACACGUGACACCCCGCCUCCACACCAAGUUCAUAGUAACCUCCGUGAAAGUGAAGCUUAUGCUGGUAUAGACUUCUCCGUUACAGGAGGACAUUCCACUGCCUCAAAAGAUUGAGUGAGUCAUAUGCCGAUGCCCGAGGGGAACUCUGGAAUGCCAAAUCGGAAGCUGCCUCCUCCUCAGACCUCCGACAACCAAUACUGAGAAACUGCACAACCUCUUAUGCUCUGUAUUUCCCACAAAACUGCCUCAACAACUGGUUUCAUUGGUCUGUUUUUGAAGGAACAAUAAUGUUUUCUGGUCUUGUUUACGAGAGUGGGUUCGCUACAUCAGAACUGUGAGCUCCAAACAUCUAGCACUUAUAUUUUUGUGUAAAUGGUAUUAAAUGGUAUCAUAGCUCUUACGUUACAGGUUUGCGUUUCUCCACGCAAAAUGUUAUAGAUCUGUGUAGAUAGGAGGAGCUUGUAUAUUGAAUAUCAUUUUGUAUUAUGAGCCGGGUACUUAGUGCUACCUUCUUGUAACCCCUCACCACUCACCAAGACACUCGCCAAAUGUAACACUUGAUUUUUAUUUAUAUAAAGUCAAUUAAUAUUUUUUCAGGGAGCAAUGAGUUGCCUACACAUACAGUGCAUAUACUGUAAAAGGGUUUUAUUUUACUGCACAAACUACGUUUUGAAACCACUUCUGUUUUUUUUUUUUGUUGUUUUUUUUUUUUGUACAGUGUGCUCAAAAUCAUCUCAAUCAGUGUCUUCGUUGCAUGAAAACAUCUUCCUACGAGAGUGUGUGCAUGGCAAGCCCGUUAAUCGUGCAGGAUAUGAAUGAUACACGGUAUAUCAAACAUUAAUUCUUAAUAUCAAAUAUUAUGCCAUUAUUUGUGAAAAUACACAUUCUUGAUAUCAAAAAUGGUCAGUAAAAUGAUCAUUUUUACUGGUGAAAAGUGCAUUACUGAUAUGUGAAAUUGGAAUUAUUUAUUAAGUUAUUUAUAUUAAAUUUAAUUGUAAUUGCAUUUUGAUGUAAAAAAAAAAAAAAAAAGUGUAUUCCCACGAGUAACGGCAUCAUUUUUUUAUAGAGUUAACAUUUUUACAAGUGCACACUUAAUUACUGAUAUCAACAUACAGCAUUUUAUCUAGUAAAAAUUGUAUUGUAGAUAUCUGUCAUUCACAUCCUGCAUGUGAUUAAAUGUCAAAAGGGAUUGUGUCUGUGAAUGUGAGUUAUGUAGUAACAUUGGACAAAUAAAAAAAAAAAGGAAUAUGAGUAUUUUGACCAACGCAAAGCUUCGAAACAAGUAUACACUUUUCUAAGAGCACUUUUUAGAUGAUACAGUGUUUUUAAGUUACAUGGAUGCCAUCUGCUGUUGUUGCCAUUGGGAAACAACUCUCAAAAUCAGUUCAACCUCGUCUGUAUUAGCGAGUUGUCAAGUAUUAUCGACUUUGAGGUCAGUUGAGAUGCAAAGUACUAUUAUUUCUAUGACCAUAGACUCUAAUGGUUCAUUUAAAAUGCAGUGCUGCAUUGUUUACAUAGCUUCUGAAAAUGUUAGGCCUUGAUGUAGCCACUGGACUAAAGAUAAGAUACAGUAUGUUUACUUCUUGAGGUUGCGUAGUCUUACAAACUGCCACAUUACACCAGGACGCUGGUACAAAUGUACAAAUCCUGUUACUCUGCAUUCCCUACAUGGUACAUCCUGUUUGUUUGUUUGUUGUUUGUUUAUUUAUUUAUUGUGUUUAUUUAUUGAAUCCAAUGCAGUGACGUUCACUGUUAACAGGACAGUUUGUAUAGUGCAUCGCUGGUGAUCGCAAUUGUACGAAAAUAGUACUCACUGAGAAGGGGAUUUCAGUGUAUAUAUAAUGUCGAAAAGCCUGUUUUCCCUCAACUCUUGGGCCUUUUUAUUACCAAGAGUUAUUAGUCCUUUUUGCUUGUACCUGAAAGCUUUAUAUGAAGAGAUGUUGGGUUGAGGUUGUGGUUGAAAGCUGUGUAGUACGAUGUGUAAGCUUUACAUUAGUAGUCCAGAUGAUGUUGGGAUGACGCAGUACGUCAGUGACUUCCUCCAUUCGUUUCGGCAGCAGCCAACCUGCGGCUGCUUCUCUUUAUUUGACUAGCUUUUGUGUCAUGCUAUUGUGUCAUGAUAUUGCAUUGCUUUAAUGUAAGUACAAUGUGAAAUGGAGAAAAUAAAACAAGUAGUAAACCGUUUCCUGGGACUUUUUCUACACAAUAACUACCGUGACAGCCUGGAAAGGUAAUCAAGCUUGUGUUUGUUUGUACUAGGGACUCCACUGAGGUUAUAGAUUGGGGAAAAUUGUAUUGUUUGGGAUUGUGCCAAGUUGUUUGCUUUUUUUCUAUGACUGAAAGGAAGAAAAAAAAAGAAAACUAAUAGAAAUGGACAGAAUCUGUGUUGACGAUUCGCAGUUCAUUUGGUCAGUUCUCACUUUAGCUGAAACAUGUUGAUAAUAACGACUGAAGCAGACCAUUAUCAGCGGCGUCUUCCUUUGUAAAUAUUGUAAUUUUUGAUAUUCCUUUUAUUGUCAAACAUGUUACACGGCACCUCCUUUGGUUGUAUUUAAAGAUGGUAAUUUUUUAUUAUUUAUUUAUUUUUGGUCAGUACUACAUUUUUAUAUUUUAUUUUUGGUGUAUAUUUAUCAGAAGGUUUUUGCUUGUAAUAGAGCUAUUGCAAUAAAAAAGUGCCAAGGUA